CACUGAUUAACAACAUUUAAGUAGAGAGCACUGACAGAAACUGUAAGAGGCGCUGUUAAAAUACAAAUAGUAACGCUGAAAUGUUGAAUUCCAUAAAAGUCUGUUUAAUAUUUCUAAAUAUUUUUACUAUUUUCGCGAGUCCUUCUAACUCUAAUAACAACGAAAAUACGGCAAACUAUUAUCCCUUCGUGAAAAUCGGCAGCAAACACUAUUUUAUAAAUCCAUCUUUAAAGAUGAACUGGUAUGAAUCGUUUGACUAUUGCCGCUCUAUUGGCGGAGAUUUGGUGAAUAUUGAGUCCCUUGAAGAAUUGCUGGCGCUACAAAAAUAUGUGUUAGAAAUCAAUAUAGGAUCGCAACUUUGGACUGAUGGCAAUGAUUUGGCAAGAGAAGGUAGAUAUACGUCUCACACCACUGGACGACCAUUAGUCUUCGUCAAGUGGACACCAAAUAACCCUAAUAACCAAGGUAAUAAUGAGGAUUGCAUUGAAGUUCGUCUAGAAGGAGACAACAAAACACUUCUAAUGAAUGAUAACAAUUGUUUUAAUGAAUAUUACGCGAUUUGUCAGUAUCGCAAACUUACAGCGAAUGACGGAAGAAGCUUUUGUGUGGUCUUAGAUCAAAAUGAAAACUGUAUGCUGCGGAAUUUAGCUGAGGGCUUUACGAAAGCGGCCGAUAUGUUUAAAUCAUGUGCAUAACACACUGUGUCAUUUUGAUUGCCACUAUGCUGACUAUUUAUACAUCACACAUAUCGCUUAAGAGAAUCUCUCUCAUUGAGUUGGUAUAUUGAUAAGUGAUGUGUAUAAAUAAUAUGUGUAUAUUUUUGUAAUAAAUUUUUGAGAGUGAAAUACAAAAUUUAAUUAGAUGAAAUUAUGUUGUUAUGAAUAACAAACGAUAACUUGAGACAAAAUUGUGAAAUCUUGAUGAAACUUGGUACAAAUAUUCCUUUGCAACAUAAGAAGAUUGCUAUUGUAGAUGGACGAAAAUCAAAAGCUGUAACUAAGCCAUAAAUAAAGUUAUGAAACAUAAA